AGGUAAACGCAUGCAGAAAGCCUGAUGCAACCGAACACGGCCCAAGCAAAUCUGGGAAAAAAAUCUUAAUGAAAUGCGCUGAAUCCCUCCCUUGAAGCUUCUCAGUUCUAUCUAAAAUUUAUCUAGGGUUUAAUCUUCAACACUCACUCACUUCCUCUCGCUUGUCUCUUCUUGAUGGCUGGGAGAGACGAGAAUCGUAUAUUUAUAGGUGGGCUGGCGUUCACUACCACGGAGAGACACCUUGAAGAUGCUUUCUGUCGAUAUGGCAAAAUUCUUCAAUCUUCGGUUGUGGUGGAUCGGGAUACUGGUUGGCCUCGUGGCUUUGGAUUUAUAACCUUUGCUGAUAGUUGGGCAAUGGAUGAUGCAAUUAGGGAUAUGCAUCACCGAGAGUUAGAUGGUCGGGUCAUCUCAGUAAACAAGGCUCAGCCAAAAUUGGGUGGUGAAGAUUUCGGUUUUGGAUAUGGUAGGGAUCAUAUACCAGGUGGCAGGGACAGUUAUAGAGGAGAUAGGUCGAUAGGGCGAUCUGACUGCUUCAAGUGUGGCCAUCCUGGACAUUUUGCUCGAGAAUGUCCUUCUGCUGAUGGUGGUGGUCGUGGUGGAGGCAGAUUUUCUUCACAUUCUAGGUUUGGUGGAGGUGGUGGCUUUGGAGAUCGCUUUGAUGUAGACCGUUAUGUUGAUCGUUUUGAUGGGGGGCGCUUUGGAGGCAGGGAGCAUUUGGAUAGCAGACACAGCAGGUAUGGGAAUCGUGAUCAUUAUAAUGAUGAUAGGUAUCAGCCUCGUGGUGAUCGCUUUGUAGGUGAUAGAUACGUGGACCAGGAAUCUCAGAUUGGUUAUGGUAAAGAAAGAGGUUAUUACAGGGAUGGAGGUCCUAGAGCUGGUGGUGACAGGUAUGGAAGUGGUGGGCCAGCACACUAUGACAGGGGCAGCAAUAGGGAUAGGCCUGGCCCCUAUGACCGUCCUAGAGGUGGGGGUCGUCCUUCUUUUGAACGGUACUGAAACAUGGUUUUACCUUUGCUGCCUUGAUUAAUGAUCACAACUAGUCUGUCGAUUCCAGUUUUUUAUUAUUGUGAGGAGCUGCUGUUUAGUGUCAGGAAUGAUGGAUCCAACGUAGUAUAUUCUUGUUUUGUUCUGUGCUUAUAACUUCUUUGAGAUGUGGAACUUUGAUGACUGAAUGGAAGUUGUUUUAGCUGUGAUUUCAUUA